ACGUUCCCAUAGUAACAGUAAACAAUGAGUUGAGACUUCAUUCACGCCUCACAAACAUUUCUCGCAACUUUUAACACUAGUUGCAGUAAAUUAAGUUGUAAAAGUAGCGGUGGUGCGUAUUACAAUAUGAUUCCCCCGGCUGAUUCUCUGCUGAAAUAUGAUAAUCCAGUUUUAGUGAGCAAAAAUACAGAAAAGAAGUCUCCAAAGGCACGACCAUUGAAAGUGAGCCCCCAGCAACCUCCUCUAACAGGUCCUGUCCCACCUCCACCCAAACCAAAACCCCCAUCCGCGGACGGCAACAAGCAGCAAACGGAGGAGAUUCUCAACGCCAUCCUUCCUCCCAGAGAAUGGAUGGAGACUAACCAGCUGUGGGUGCAGCAGGUGUCCAGCACACCUUGCACCCGGAUGGACGUAGUGCACCUGCAGGAGCAGCUGGACCUGAAGCUGCAGCAGAGACAGGCCAGGGAGACUGGCAUCUGUCCUGUCCGCAGGGAACUCUACUCUCAGUGCUUUGAUGAGUUGAUCAGACAGGUGACCAUAAACUGUGCUGAGAGAGGCCUGCUGCUGUUGAGGGUGAGAGAUGAGAUCAGGAUGACCAUCGCUGCCUACCAGACUCUGUACGAGAGCAGCGUGGCCUUUGGGAUGAGGAAGGCCCUGCAGGCAGAGCAGGGCAAGUCUGACAUGGAGAAAAGGAUUUCCGACCUGGAGGAUGAGAAGCGGGACCUGGAGAGGCAGGUGAACGAGCAGAAGGACAAGUGUGACGCCAUCGAGAAGAGAGAGAAGGAGAGGCGGCAGGUGGAGGAGAAGAAGCACACCGAGGAGAUCCAGUUCCUGAAACGCACCAACCAGCAGCUCAAGGCCCAGUUGGAGGGGAUCAUUGCUCCCAAGAAGUGACAUCAUCAUCAUCCCAGGAUCUGUUUUAAUACAGCAUUAUGUCAGUACAGUCUUGUCUCCAUUACCUUCCCCACAGACCCCAACUAGGAAAAAAUAACCCAGACUGCAUUGAUGUUUUU